AUGUCGAAAAUUUUAACACCUACACAGGAACACUACUUGAAAAGAGAGUUCUUAAAAUUUCAAUUGGCUAAAGAAUUAAAUGACCUAAACAAUAAAGAUGCAUUAAGAAGAUUUGGUUUUCCCUUCACGGAUAAGGAUCCCAAAUUGAAGUCAUUCAAAUCUACAGAUAAUAAAAAUCUGAGUUCUUAUAAUAAACAACAAUCAAUCGUAAAUACACAAUUUCCCUUAUGCUCCUACCUUUUAAGAGAAUUUAUAAUGACUUUCCCCUUGGUAUCUAAAAAUAUCGAGGUUGAUCAAGCAUUUUGGCAAGAAAAAGUUCAGAUUUUCUUCGAACAUUUUAUGUCUCUUGGGUUUAGCGAAAGCUAUGAUCGUGAAAAAUCAACAAAAAGGAAGAAGAUUGGUUUAAAAUUAACUAAAAUUAUUUUACUUUUAUUUAAUUCUGGUAUAGGGGUAAGCGACGAAGUGGAAUAUUAUUCAACUGAUAAAUUCCAAUUAAAUAAAGAUGAAUUCCGUAAAAGAUCAAAAGUUGAAGAAUUUGCUAUUCCAACUAUGGAAAACUUAAAACAAUUAAUUACUCAUGAACCUAUAUACAUCAAUAAUUGGGAUAUUAAUAUCGUUGGCUGUGUUAAAGAACGCAAUAUCUUCAAAAAUAGAAACUGGAAAAAAUCACAAAGUGUUAAAAAUAAAUCGUAUUCUUCUACAUUAUCUAAAUCUACACAAGUAUUAACUAGUGGAACAAUCAAAUCAAUAACUUCCACAUCUAAAUGGAUGAAAAAUACACUUGCUUCAACCGCACCAACCUCAAUAUUUGCCAAGUUAUCCAUAAGCGGAAACGAUAUGCCUUCUUCUACUGGUACAACUAAAAAUGGCGAUGCUAUUAAAUUAAGGAAUGAUUCUCAUUCUUCUAAACUAGAUAAAGAUUCCAGUAAUCAUAAAUAUUGGUUCGUCAUAAAAGUUCGUAAUAAAGAAAAACCCAAUGAAAUUAUAUAUAGUGCAAAAACAUAUAAGGAUUUCAAGAUUUUAUCACACAAUUUGAAAAUGGAAUUACCAGGCAAAAAGUUACCUAAAUUACCUGAAAAGACUAAACAGAGUCUUUCUUUGACUACAAGUAAUGAAUUAUUGCCUAAUGGUAGAGUACCAGAUCAACCAAAGGAAACAAUUGUUUCUUCAACGGAAAUAGAAUGUAGAACAUUGAAUUCUACAUUAAAUUCUACACAAAAUUCCAUAAAUGAUGAUGAUAAUAUAAAAGGUUUGAAACAAAAUGAGAUCCUUAUUGAUGCAAAAAAUAUUGUAAAUAAUAUUAUUGAAAAUGAAGGAAUUAAUGACGGAAAAGAUAUUGAUACUAUAGAAGAUGAAGUGGAAGAUGAGCUAGAAGAAGAAGAAAAUAUAGAUGGCAUAUUUGAAGAUGCAAGUGAUGCAAAGACUAAUACUUUAGUCCAUGAAAAGAUGAGAACUUCUCUUAGACAAUAUUUAAGAAGGUUGUCUAACGAUAGGGAGACUUCAGAGAAUAUAAUAUUUGUCAAUUUUUUGAGCAAACAAAAUAUUAUUGAUGGUACAAGAUUUAAUAAAGAAGUUGAAGAAGAUAUUAGAUAUCGUGAAUUAGUGGAUAUAAAUAAUUUGACUAAUCAAUUGAAAUUCCAGAAAUUAGCUCUACAAAAAUCGCUAGAACUUCAAGAUCUAGUGAAAGAUUUUAAAAGUUCGUUAUUGAGGGAUGAAAAAUAUCUUUUAUGUUUGGUGAAUGAAAUCAGAGAGAAAAAACGUAUUGAAGAACUUUCACCACUUUUACAACAAUUCAUUGAAUGGUUUAAAAUAUAUUUAUCGUCAAUAAUAUAUCAGCUAUUUCUAGGAAAUGAUAAUAGUUAUGGGUUUUAUACACAAAUAAAGAAAUUACAUCGUAUAAUGCCAUAUACGAUGAUGGGACAAAUUAUGCGAUUCACCAAUCCUAUGUCAAUAAUGAAAGGAAUGAUGGAUUUAUUUUUGGCACAACCAUUCGGUAACAAUUCGCUAUUACAAACGAUGUUUUCUACUAUUUUAACGGAAGAUCUGAAAAGUCAGACAAAUAUCAUCAAAAAAUUGGAAACUAUUAUACUAAAGGAAUCUAAACAUGCAUCACAAAUCAUUAAUGUCCUAAAAACUUUUAUUGAAAUGGAUCAUUUGAAUCAUUAUCGGGACGACAAAGAGAAGUCAGGGUAUGGCACAAAUGGGGAUAAAACUACCGAUAGAGUAUACUUUAAUAUUGAAAGAAUUCAUGAGGAAUCUCGUACCAUGAAUAUGCCCAUGUGUUUAAUUAUAUUAAUGAAAUAUUUUGAAUCCAAGACUAUUAGUAAUGAAGCAGUUACAGAAGUCAUUGAAUCUUAUAAUGGUUGGAAGUUAAAAGAAGAUAGUGGAUUAUAUUUUCAACAUAUUAAAGAACUAUUUCAAUUAUACAUUAAAGAAAGAGAUAAAAGAUUGAUGAGGAAAUUGUGGCAAGACCCUGAAUUGUCUAAACUUUUAAAAGCCAUUGUGACAAUGAUUUAUGAACCAAUGGUCAAAUUGUUUAAAAUAGCAAGAAUGGAUAUAGCUUUAAAAAACUUUGAAAUGUUUAUGAAUGAUCUAAUUAAGUUGAUGGAUGAGAUUAUUAAUGGACAACUAGAGAAUUCGACAGAAUUCAAUAUAAUUGAAAAUAUUAUUCAGUUAGUGACAAAGCAUCAAAACUCAUUCUUUGAAUUUGUACAUGACGUCUAUAAUAAUGAUACAGAGGGGAUAUUUGAAGGUUUUAUCAAAUGGAUAACAAAGAUUAUAAGAUUCUUACAGUGCAGUAAAUAUGGUAGUAUGGAUGGAAAGGAAAGAAUAGAUUUAAACAAACUGGUCGCUGAGAAGGGAUCACAAAUACAUUUGGAUGUUGACACUCUUAAAAAACAAAUAGACUCAGUAAUUGAAAAGAAAAUGGAAUCAAGGAGAUUGUACAGGAAAUUAGUUGAAUCAAAGAUCAAAUCAGGAGAACCGUCUGACGAAUCGAAUAUGAAUAGUACUAAUAAUACCAAAUGCAAAAAUUCAAAGAAAUUAAAAGAAAAUACUAAUAUACAGCAGUUCAUGGAUCAACGUUGGAGACAAGUGGCAUCCAACGUAAUACCGGAUCACAGCAUAUCAUUGGGAUUACAAGAUGGAGAAUUAGUAGAUUUGGAUCUAGACAUAAAAGAUUAUGAGUACUUACAAAAGAACAAAGACACAGAGUUAGAGCAAAAGUACAAAGAAAUCUUAAACAAACCUGUUGAUGAAUCGCUAAUUGAACAAAUGACUCAUGUGGUUUUCGAACCAGUGCUGAAACAAUGGUUACUAUGA